CUUUCUCUUUGGGUCCUCACAAGUAUUGAACCAAUACAUACAAAAUGAAUUGAAUCCAAUAAAAAAAAAUUGUGGAUAAAUCUCUGACAGACUCUCUCUCUCUCUACAAUGGAGGACAUAUUUUUGUCUCUCUUCAUCGAUCUAUAAAGCAUCAAAUUCUCUUCCAAACCCAAACACACACAGACUUCUCCCUCACAAGAUGGACUCGGUUCAGCCGCUGUUCCGGCCGCCGGAAACUCCCAGAGAGCCCAUGGAGUUUCUUUCCCGGUCAUGGAGUCUCUCCGCUGUUGAAAUCUCCAAAGCCAUUGCACCUUCCCAGGCCGUGGUCAAGAAUUUCCCAGGUGGACCGUCCAAUGCCGCCCCUUCUCCGGCCGCCGGCGGCGGGACCAUUUUGGAGGACAUCGCCGGCGAGCUGGAGGAAGCUGCCGCGGUUUCCGGCAUCCCUUUUUCCUUCGCUUCCUCUGACACUUCUCAGCUUAUCAUGGAACGCAUUAUGUCUCAAUCUCAGGAUGCUUCUCCACGUACAUCAGGGAGACUCUCACAUAGCAGCGGUCCUCUCACUGACAGUACACCUGCUUCCCCAUCAGAGAUGGAUGACGCUAAGUAUUCUAGAUUAAACAAUCUGCAAAUCAACAACCAGUACAGGAGCAGCGCGACAACGCCAGCUGUGGCUGUGAGUAGCAGCAGCAAGACGGUUGGACGGUGGUUCAAGGACAGGAAGGAGAAGAAGAAGGAGGAGUCGAGGGCGCAAAAUGCACAGCUACACGCUGCUGUUUCAGUUGCUGGUGUUGCGGCUGCUGUGGCUGCAAUGGCUGCAGCGGCCGCUGCAUCAUCUGCUGCCAGCAAGGAUGAGCAAACGGCGAAAACUAACAUGGCUGUAGCGUCUGCCGCCACCCUGGUGGCGGCUCAGUGCGUCGAGGCUGCCGAGUCAAUGGGGGCUGAGCGCGAACAACUUACAUCAGUCGUUAGUUCGGCUGUAAAUGUUCGAUCAGCGGGAGACAUCAUGACACUCACAGCAGCUGCGGCUACUGCUUUGCGAGGGGCGGCCACGCUAAGGGCCAGAGCACUGAAGGAAGUGUGGAAUGUUGCUGCAGUAAUCCCCGUAGAUAAAGGAUUUGUGGGUGGCGGUGGAAGCAAUGGGAGCAAUGGCAGUUCUAGCGGUGAGCUCGCUCCCGAAGAGAACUUUCUUGGGAUCUGUAGCCGGGAAUUGCUUGCCAGAGGUGCUGAGCUAUUAAAGCGCACACGAAAAGGUGAUCUUCACUGGAAGAUAGUGUCUGUGUAUAUUAACAGACUGGGUCAGGUGGUACUGAAGAUGAAGAGCAGACAUGUUGCUGGGACCAUAACCAAAAAGAAAAAGAAUGUGGUGCUGGAAGUGUUGACAGAUCUCCCCGCGUGGCCGGGGCGCCACUUGGUGGAGGGCGGGGAGAGCUUUCGCUACUUUGCUUUGAAGACGGUGUCGAGGGGAGUGGUCGAAUUUGAGUGCAGAGAUCAAAGGGAGUAUGAUGUGUGGACCCAAGGUGUUUCAAGACUGCUAACUUUUGCAGCUGAAAGAAACAGUAGACUUAGAUGCUGAAAGGGUGCAAGAAGAUGAUGCUUAAUUUGAUGCCAGUAGAACAUAUAUAUUUAUAUAAUCUGUGUAUUUCCACUGAGGCACUAACCUCUUGUAGUUUGAAAUUGGGUGGGGCUUUCUUUUCUACUUAUUCAGCUGCCUUUUCCUUUUUGUGUUCCUUCUGUAAAAAAAGUAAAUGAAGUUUAUCCAAAAGGAUCCCUCUUUCACACUC